AUGUAAUAAGAGGAGAAGGGAAGAUUUGAGAUUAAAAAGUGGUACCCUGUUGCUUUUUGGUCUUGGAGCUUGAAGGUUGAACAUUGUGCUAUUUGUAAAAAUCAUAUAAUGGAAAAAUGUAUUGAAUGUGAAGGAAAGGAGUAAAAGGAGAUUUGCAAUACUCAAUAAGGAAAAUGUGGACAUGCUUAUCAUGAACAUUGCAUAAGAUAAUGGCUUAAAACAAAAAAUACAUGUCCUUUAGAUAAUAAAUAAUGGGAAGAAGAAAAGAAAGGGAUUUGAGUAAACUUGAAAUAUAAAAUGAAUCAUUUUAGAUAUGUUGACUUCAA